GACGUUUUUUCUUUCCUUUCUACACAAGUUCACCUCUCAGAUCCUUUUCUGCAGUUGAUGCAAUCGUUGCUCAGACCAACAAAGGGGAUCAUCUGCAACUCACUCUCUCGUACCACUAUAACUAAAUUUCCUACAUAUAGAUCUAUCUCAGACAACAUGGCUGUUCGAUCCGCUUUCGACCCCAAAGACAUGGUGUUUCGUCACCUUGGUCCGACUGGAUUGAAAGUAUCCGUUCUCUCACUCGGUGGCUGGUUGACCUACGGAGGUACUCAGAAGGGAAACAUUGUGAAGGAAUGCAUGCAAACUGCGUGGGAUCAUGGUAUCAACUUCUUCGACACUGCCGAGACCUACGCCAAUGGCCAGUCCGAGAUCGAAAUGGGCAAUGCGCUGAAGGAGCUCAACUGGCCUCGUGACGAGUAUGUCUUGUCGACCAAGAUCUUCUUCGGCACUGGUCGCAAGGAGCCCAACACUCGUGGUCUGUCCCGGAAGCACGUCGUCGAGGGUCUCAAAUCCUCUCUGGAACGUCUCCAGCAACCCUACGUCGACAUUGUCCUGGCUCAUCGCCCGGACUACGCCACCCCCAUGAAGGAGAUCGUCGAGGGUUUCACCCAGGUCAUUCGCAACCUCAACCUCGCGUACUACUGGGGAACCUCUGAGUGGUCCGCGGCCCAGAUCACCGAGGCCACCCUCAUCGCGGAAAAGUACAACCUGAUCGCCCCGAUCGCCGAACAGCCACAGUACAACGCCUUCCACCGUGAGCGCUUCGAGGUCGAAUACGCCCCGGUCUUCCAAGAGUACAAGUACGGAACCACCAUCUGGUCCCCACUCGCUUCCGGUCUCUUGACCGGCAAGUACAACGACGGCAUCCCCAAGGGGUCACGGUUCGACAACCACAAGGACUUCUUCGGCAGCACCAUCGAGGCUCUCCAGAAGCCCGAGGGCCAAGCCAAGAUCGAAAAGGUCAAGAAACUCACAAAGAUCGCCGAGCGCCUGGGUGGAAACAUGUCUCAACUCGCACUCGCCUGGGCCGCGAAGAACCCGAACGUCAGCACCGUCAUCCUGGGCGCCACCAAGGUCGAACAGAUCAUCGACAACUGCAAAGCCAUCAAGCUGUUGGAGAAGCUGGACGACAAGACCAUGCAGGAAAUCGAAGAGAUUCUUGACAACAAGCCCUCUCCACCAGCAAGCUUUGGACGGUCGAGAUAAGAAAAAACGGCAGGCCGGAUUCGACAUUUAUAGCCAGAUCGAGAUCAAAACAUGGCACUCAAUCAAGAAAGAGGCGCCGCCCUCCGGAAAGCUGUGAAUCGAUGUUUCACAGCCGUAACAAAAGUAGGUAGCUAGAAAAAUGUCAUUAGAAGGGUCUCUCUUUUCGAACUUGUCAAAAGUCGAUCGAUCGAUCAAUCAGUCCAGGCGAGGCGAAGCUCAAUACUUUACUUUACUUUGGCCCCGUGGCGUUCAUGAUACACUCACUCACCUAUAGCUAAGGUAGCUUCACCGGUAUGUCAAGAGUCACAUGUUAUGAUGUGUCUAUUGAUGACUUUCGA